CGCGGCCCCCGCGCCCCGCCGCGCCUCUGCCGCCGCUGCCCGCGCUGCUGCCCGUGCUGGCGGCGCUGGCGGCCGGCGCGGCGGAGGCGCGGGCCACCUCGGAGGGGCAGCUGCCCGGCGCCGCGGCGAUGGGCACCGGCACCCCUCCGAGCCCCAGCGGCACCGCUUUCGAGGAGACGCGGCUCCACGUCUUCACCCUGGACUACCCCCACGUGCAAAUCCCCUUCGAGAUCACCCUCUGGAUCCUGCUGGCCUCCCUCGCCAAGAUCGGCUUUCAUCUCUAUCACAAGUUGCCCUCAAUAGUACCUGAAAGCUGUCUCCUUAUCCUGGUUGGAUUGCUUCUUGGUGGGAUUAUUUUUGGAGCAGAGGAGAAGUCCCCACCUGUAAUGAACAGUGAUGUGUUUUUCUUGUAUCUGUUACCACCUAUUGUACUUGACGCUGGAUAUUUUAUGCCAACUCGUCUUUUCUUUGAGAACUUUGGUACCAUAUUCUGGUAUGCUGUGGUGGGCACGCUCUGGAAUGCCAUCGGCAUUGGAAUUUCCCUGUAUGGAAUUUGCCAGAUCAGUGCAUUUGGUUUGACUGACAUCACUUUGCUGCAGAAUUUGCUCUUUGGCAGCCUCAUUUCAGCUGUGGAUCCUGUGGCGGUGCUGGCUGUCUUUGAAAAUAUCCAUGUCAACGAGCAGCUUUAUAUCCUGGUCUUUGGAGAGUCUUUGCUAAAUGAUGCUAUAACUGUGGUCCUGUACAAUUUGUUCAAGUCUUUCUGCCAGAUGCGCACAAUUAAGGUUAUUGACAUAUUCGCUGGGAUUGCUAACUUCUUUAUAGUGGGGAUCGGUGGAGUAUUGAUUGGAAUCCUUUUGGGAUUUGUAGCAGCCUUUACCACCCGUUUCACCCAUAAAAUCCGAGUGAUUGAGCCACUCUUUGUCUUCCUGUACAGUUACUUGUCAUACAUAACAGCCGAAAUGUUUCAUCUCUCGGGCAUCAUGGCGAUUACAGCUUGUGCCAUGACCAUGAAUAAAUAUGUGGAGGAAAAUGUUUCUCAGAAAUCCUACACAACGAUAAAAUAUUUCAUGAAGAUGCUGAGCAGUGUCAGUGAGACUUUAAUCUUCAUCUUCAUGGGUGUGUCUACAGUUGGGAAGAACCAUGAGUGGAACUGGGCCUUUGUUAGCUUCACCCUCCUCUUCUGUUUAAUCUGGAGGGCACUGGGUGUUUUUGUUCUGACUCAGAUCAUUAAUGUAUUCCGGACAAUACCUCUCACUUUCAAGGACCAAUUUAUUAUUGCCUAUGGAGGUCUCCGAGGAGCAAUUUGUUUUUCACUUGUAUUUCUGCUUCCCCCUGCUGUGUUUCCCAGGAAGAAAUUGUUCAUCACUGCUGUUAUCGUGGUGAUAUUCUUUACUGUUUUCAUUCAGGGAAUAACAAUCCGCCCACUUGUGGAGUUUCUUGAUGUCAAAAGGUCAAAUAAAAAGCAGCCUGCUGUCAGUGAGGAGAUUUAUAACAGGUUCUUUGACCACGUGAAGACUGGAAUUGAAGAUGUGUGUGGACACUGGGGUCACAACUUUUGGAGAGAUAAGUUUAAAAAGUUUGACAAUAAAUACCUGCGAAGACUUCUAAUCCGUGAGAACCAGCCCAAAUCCAGCAUUGUUUCUUUGUACAAGAAGCUAGAGAUCAAGCAUGCCAUAGAGAUGGCAGAGAGUGGGAUGAUAAGCAAGGUGCCAUCAUCGGUGUCUCUCAGUGACUAUCAUGAAGGAAAGAUAAAGCCCCUUUCUCCCACUGAAAUGGAAAACAUGCGAGAAAUAUUAACAAAGAAUCUCUACCAAAUACGACACCGAACAAUGUCCUACAACCGACAUAGCCUGGCUGCAGAUGCGAGUGAGAAGCAGGCCAAAGAAAUUCUGAUCCGUCGCCGGCACAGCCUGCGGGAGAGCCUGAGGAAAACCAACAGCCUGUCAAGGGAAAGACCGGCUGCAGCAAAUACAAAAAGAUUCCUUUCGCUUCCUAAAAACACUAAACUCCCAGAGAAACUACGAGUGAGAAACAAAACAUCUUCCAGAGUGGGUGACAGCAGUGACUCUGAGCUGGAUGCUGCUACCACAGUGCUCAAUCUAAGGCCCAGAGCAGGGAAAAUCUUGAGAGACCAGAGACUGAGACAACAGAGGCCACUACCUGAGUUUAGGGUGGAGUGGAAGAACGAAGUUGAUGGGAGCCAGGACGGACGGGGAGAGCAGCAGGACCCAAGCACCUUGCCUCAGCCAUCCAUUGGGUUCAGGCAGCCACUGCUGACCAGACCAAGAUUUGGCACUUUGAGCAGGGAAGAUUUGACUGCAGACCAUGGGUCAGCCAGACCUAUGCCACCACCACGGUUGGUCAGGCAGGCAUCGCAAGGGGACAGGCAGAGAAAUAAGCCUGAGAACCAGCUGUACUGAACAUAGCCAAAGGAGAACUAUUGAUAAUAAACCAUGGACAUACUGAAUUAGGAUUCUAAACGAUCUGAUCAGACUGUGGGAUCCAUUAAAAUAACAAAACAAGCCUCCAUCUGGGUCUAACCACUUCCAUUUGAGUUAAGUCAACUACAUUAACUAAGCGAAAGGAAUACUGCAGCAAUUGCAAUGUUAAAGAUAGAAAAAAUAAUGUAUCUCUUUUACAAAUAACUUAUGGCAAUGCUUUAAUUUAAUUACAUUAUUUCCACUGUUAAAAUAGUAUGGAAAUGUGCCUUAUCACAUCAUCUCUCAUGGAACCAAGUCACGAAGGUUCAAUACCCAGUUUUCCAUUGAAAUCAUUGUUGAAAGUCCAGUGAUGAACAGAUUCUUAAAAAUACCCCCAAACUUUUGUAUCAUUUCAGAUUUUAUUUAUAGUCAAUAAUACUUGUUUUAACCAGAGCUUCAACAUGAAUACCACUGAAAAUUGCACAAUGCACCUAUCAUAUAGACUUCUAAAGAAGAAUAAAUAUAUUCCUGAAGCCUAGUUUGCUCGAAGACCUCUGAUGCAGAAAAAGAGAAAGAAGAGAAGAAACAAGCUGUAGGGGAAUUGCAAAUAAGGCUUAUAAAAAGGACUUGCAACAAAGACCUGAAUAGCUUGAAUUUUUACUUUCUGAAUUUUUGGCAAUAUGUUACCUUUGAAAGGUACUAAGGAUCACCAAAGAAAAACUGAAUUACCUUGGCUUUCACUUAUGUCAGCAAGAACUGAGAGCGCUUAGCAGGACACCAGAAGGCCUAAAACCAGAAAACUUCAAGUGGAUAAAUAAUGUUUUGAAUCAAAAUUGCUUUUUUGCACCUUAGUUACUUGGUUGCAAUGUAAUGCAAACACAGCAGUAGAAUAGUUGCAGAGCACUGCACGUAGACAAAGCAAGCAGUCUCCUGUUUGAGUCAGGGACCACUGAGACUCAAGAAAGCUCAUGCUUGUGACCCUGGUUAAUUUGUUUUUCUUGUUGUUUCCUCAUCUGUAAGAGGGGAAAGGUAAUCUUUUCUUUGUCU